AUGGUCCACCCACAAGAGCCCCCAGUUCUUGACUUCUCUGUCUUCUACGGUAGCGACAGUCAAGCGAAGACCAAGCUAUUACAAGAUAUCCGGGAGUGCUGCUUGAAAAAUGGCUUCUUCCAAAUCACCGGCCACCGCGUCUCCCGGGAGCUGCAGCGCCGUACAAUGAGCUGCGUCGAACGCUUCUUCGACCUCCCGCUCGAGGAGAAAUUGAAGAUUGACCGAAGCCGGAACCCCUUCAACCGCGGCUACGAGGUCAUGCAGUCCCACAUGUCCCAGCCGGGAAGCAGCCCUGACUUGAAAGAGGGCUUGUCCAUCGGUCAAGAUCUUCCUGUGCAUCAUCCAUAUUGUGUUGAAAAGAAGUUCAAUUGCGGCCCUAAUGUGUGGCCUGAAGCGCUCGAUGACUUGGAGGAGUUCAAGUGCACUACAAUGGAAUACUAUGACGCUGUAUUUCAGCUGGCAAAAGAUAUCAUCGCUGUACUUGCUCUCACGAUAAAUGGCGACGAGGGCUUGUUUGCCCCCUAUACAGAUGGGGCAGUCGCAACAUUGCGAUAUCUCCACUAUCCUCCCCAACCUCCGAAAACAUAUGACAAUGCGCGCGGCUGUGGUGCUCAUCGGGACUACAGUGGAAUUACCAUUCUGCUGCAAGACGAGGUGGGAGGCCUUCAGGUAUUAGACGAGCCCACAGGUCAAUGGAUAGAUAUCAAACCCACACCCGGGGCAUAUGUUAUUAACCUGGCCAACCUCUUCUCGCGAAUGACUAACGAAAUUUACAAGUCUGCCCUCCAUAGGGUCAUCAAUAAGACUGGGCUAGAGCGCUACUCAAUUCCCUUUUUCUUCACGGGAAAUCCUAAUUAUAUCUGCAAGUGUUUGUCCGAAUUUCAGCAAGAGGGCGAACCGGCAAAGUACCCUCCUGCCACAGUUUCGGAUAUAGUUGGUGCAGCGAUGAGGGGAACUGUAGAGAGGGCCAAGCUAUUCAAUGCGAAGAAAUAG